GAGUGGGCGUGAGGAAGACAGCAGGAAAAGGAGGUCAAAUGCAGCGCAGGACUUUCAGAAACGUGUCUCCAGCAGAAAUACACAGGUAGAUAAUAAUGCUGGAAUAACAAUAAGCCAUAGAGUUUACAUUUAGUUUCAGAAAUAAAUGUGACGUCAUUGUUAUGUUGUUUAUCCGGUGUGUCGCACUAGAACAUAGAUAACAUUAGCAAUAGCAUCCCGUGCUGCAUGCUCACAGUUAGCCCUGUAAGUAACGUGAGCACGGCAUUAUAAUCGCGGUUUCUGGUCGCCGUGCCGUACCGUCAUCUUUUUAGAGGUGAUUCGUAUCACGGUAAAGUUGUAGUCUCGUGACCACGAAGUGCAUUAGCUAACUGCAGCACUCAGCAGCGUUUGGUAAUCUCGUUUGUCUUUGAGAACUUGUGUCACGGUCACAGCCGUCAUGUUUCACCCAGUAUCCCGUCGUCUGAUCUGCGAAAGCGGCGUAAAUACGAUGAGGCUUCAGAGCAGCAGAUCACUCAGGCAGAGCACUCAGACUCAGAUGGAGAGAUUCCCGUGGCUGGGCAGGAAGGUGGACCUGCUGCUGUCCUGGAUCCAGAGGGCAGGUACCCGCGAGGCCACGGGCUCUGGCAAGAAGAGGAAGGGCUUGCUCUCUAUUUUUGCGGACCACUGCGGCUUUGUUACUGGACAGAGGUUACGACGUGCCUGUCAAGUCGGCGAGCUUUACUCUAAUCUAUACUCCGAGCGCACCAAGUGGAGCCUGGUUGGGAACAUUUGGCGCAGAUUACAGAGCAAGCAUGCCCCCUCUGGAAGACUGUUUGCGGCCCUGGCCGGUGUCUUCAUGUGGGAAAGUGAGAAGAUUCAAGAUGAGGACAUUCGCAGGUGUGGGCUGGAGCUGCAGCAGCUUGAGGCUGCAAAAAAGCUAAGCACCUCCUCAGGGUUAGUGGUUGGACAGCAGGAGGAUGGCUGGGAAGGUGUGAUGGAGAAGAAAGACUUCAAAGUGUGGAGGCGACCUAUUCCCAACAGUCACCUUUAUGAAUACAGAGUGUUGGGCUCCUACAAUGAUGUCACACCAAGACAGUUCUUCAAUGUACAGUUGGAUACCGAGUACAGGAAGAAUUGGGAUUCUCUAGUGAUCAAGCUUGAAGUUGUGGACAGAGAUUGUGCUUCAGGCUCUGAAGUUGUGCAUUGGGCCACACACUUUCCUUAUCCUUUGUACUCAAGAGACUACGUGUAUGUGCGUCGCUAUGAUGUUGAUGUUGACAACAACCUCAUGGUGUUGGUAUCAAGAGCUGUACAGCACCCCAGAGUUCCUGAGAGUCAGGAAUUUGUGAGAGUCCAUUCAUACCAGUCGAGGAUGGUCAUUCGUCCCCACAAGUCCUUUGAUGAGAAUGGGUUUGAUUACCUGCUAGUCUACAGUGACGACCCUCAGACUGUCUUCCCACGUUACUGUGUGAGCUGGAUGGUGUCAAGUGGUAUGCCUGAAUUUCUGCAGAAGCUGCACACUGCUGCUUUGAGGGCAAAGAACUUAGAAGUUGGAAUCCACGACUAUGUAGGUGUCAUUAAAUCCAGCGAUGGCAACCGCCAGCCGAGCCAGGAGCGCCUGGGUGGAGACAAGACACACACAGGUGGUCCUGGACCGAUCUACGCCUGAAAUGGACAUUUUACAGAUCACAAUAUGUGUCUGAGGGUUUUCACUUAUACUUGAAUGCAAAUCAAACCCUCUAGCAGCAGCUAUGUGGGGUAAUUGUGUGAACUGCAACUGGAAGUUGAAUCGGAGGGUUAAAAACACAUACAGUGAAAGUCCAUCCAUAGACAUGGAUGUAGAUGUUGUAGAUGAUGUGUCCCAAGAACAAUGCACUGUAUUGACGACUGUCUCACUGUCCUUUGCAGAAAAUAUUGCCAGGGAAACGUUUCGUCCAGACUGAUGGUCUUGGCCCAUUUUUUUAUUCUAAGCCAACCAAUGCCACAUUACAUUUUCUGCUUCCUUUAUAAAUCUAUAUGUCCUGCAGCCAUUGGACACCUCGAGCCAAAAUUGUAUAUGUCGUGGAGAUGGUGUUUUGCCAAAAUGGUUUCUCUCAAUUCAAUGUCCCGUCUUUUUCAAGGCUUGACACGUCAGGAUUGCCAGCAGCCUUGUCACUCUUAGUGUUUAGUGUCAUUUUUGGUCAGUUGUCAUGGGAAUGGCUGCAAAUAGUGGAACGUAGGAAAGCAACUAUGACUGGCUUCUGCUUAACAUUGUGACUGCAACAUAAAACUCGAGCUACAUAUUCUUGGCAGACAGAUGAAGGCCUGCACAGAGAGCGACCUCAACAGAAAUGCUUUCUAAGCUGGGGGGGACAUAACACAACUUUCACAGUUACCGAUUUUGUUUUGAUAUUCCCACUACGCCCCGUCGCCUUUGUCUUCUGACGCUGUUUCCUGUCCCACCUACUCUUUUUCAUUGGCGGUUGGCAACUUGUGUUUGCAGUUGGGUGGGUAGUAUGUCUACCCGAUUGCGUCCAUAUUCGGCUCAAAAAAAUUUGAUUGACUGUGACUGAAGUCGGGUUGGGUCUGUUACCUUUAAGAGAUUUCUGUGCCAACUUGCCGUGCCGACAUCCCCAAUUCAGUGCUGACUGGUGCAGACUCUGCCCAACUUUGAAUUGUUGGUAAAAUUGGGUAAAUAAAAUCUUGUAGUGUGUCCCCCAGCUUAAGAAAUGACAUUGUAUGGAACAAAGCAACUGAUCGCCUGUUGGCUUACAGCAUAAGUGCUUGUUUGAUCUUCAUAUGACUGGAUGGAAUGGGCUGCAAAAAAUAACUUGUUGCUGUUACUGGAACACCUGGAAUUCAAAAUGUAAUAUAUUGUGUGUGUGUGUGUGUGUUUGUGUGGGGGUCAUUGGCAUAAUGCAAGCACAGAUAAGGUUUCACUCUUGUCCACCACACUGUGUGACUGUUAAAAAACUGCCAGUGUUGACUAAACAGCCUUCCGAGUGACGGUAAACCAGUCCUUCAGCAUUUGGGGCAUAGUGUCUUAUAACAACCAAGUCAAUCCUCAGAUUUAAUGGUACUAAUGUGCUUCUUCACGGCUCUCCUGUAGACACACUCCAAUAAACCCGUGCCCUUUCUAAAAAAAACUGAAAUUCACCUACAUUUCAUAAUGGUCAAACCUUGCAUUGUAUAAUUAUUUUGUUAUCCCAGGAAUAACAGCUGUCAUUUAAGUUUGCACUAUUAGAAGUCAUCGGCGUUUGUGUUUUCUCUGUGUUACAGCACUAGAUCUUCAUACACCAUAAUCCGUGCACUGGAAUUCUCUCUUGUGAAUUUCCUGCCAUCUAAAACGAGCUCUUUCUCCCCACAUUCUUUUUUGCCAUGGGUGUUAUGAAUGUACUAAGAGCACCACCGUCAAACAUUGCCUAUUAAAGUACACUGUUUACAGCAUGACAAUCUGAUGCAAGUAUUUAAAAAUCCAUCUCUUCCACCAACUUCAUGCACUAAAAAGUCACGUCAACACAAGUCAGCCGAAGUGCAUUGGGUUGUGUCCAGUAUUAAUGUUUCCGGCGUCUUGUUUUUUUAAUGCUCUUUCAUUUUUUAAAACGAUUGCGCUACGAGACGUUAGAUAUGCCUGGGAUUUUGGUACAUGUGAGGAAGGAAAUUGAAAUGAUUGUUAACUUCUAUGUUAAGACGAAACUGAGACUAAUGAAAUGACUGAAUUGAAAAUUCAACUUUUGUUAAGCUUGAUACUGUAACAUUUUUAAUUUUGUCGUAUGUAGAUUUCUGCGUGCCACCUGCAACCGUCUAAAAUGUGCUUCUGUUUUUCUUUCUGCAGACACUUGACAUUUGAUUUGUCACCACGUGAUUUGGAUAAUGAGCUUGUGCACUUGUAACCCCAUGAUUUCAGGAGUUGUUGAAAUGGAAGAGCUACUAAUCAGAUCAAAUAAACAGAUCUUUGUGUGUCAA